AUGGCGACGGACAUGUUGACCAUAUACCUACACUAUGAAGAUACAAAUCAGGAAGCCAAAAUUUUACAAAGAUCCAUGAUGAGACGUGAUGUCUCAUAUUACGACUUAAUCUUGAUGAUCGAAGAAGUUGGCUUUCAGGAGAAGGCUGACGAUCAUAUUGCUCCGCCUAGCAAGCAAAUUGAUGUUGCUCCAUCUAACCAUCCAAAUGAGAGUAUUCUCUUACAGGACGGUGGUGUCUCUACUGAAGGGGCAGGGCAACUUACUAUGCAAGGGCCGCAAAGACCACCACGUAGGUCAAAAAGGUUGAAUAUGAUUCAGGUUACAGACCAACGUGAUGAUGAAGAUGGAGACUGCAACAAUGGUGAGCAAUUCCCACAAGGUCAUGAAUCACAAGCAUUGGUCGAUGAAGAGGGUCAAGUUCACAAUCAAGACAAGGAAGUACGCAAGCGCAAGAGAACAAGCUUGCCAAUUGUCUGGAACAUGCCAAAGGAACAGAGAAUAGUUGUGAAAUGCAAUGAAGAUAGCCAGCCUAUAGGAGAUGAAGGUGCAAUCUUGGGGAAGUUUCUGGGCAUGGUUGCUAGAAAUGGAGGAUUUUGCCCACUAAACAUAAAUGAUUGGCGUCAUGUCAAAAAGAAUAGUGGUGAGGAAACAAUAUUGCAGUGCAUACAGACAAAGUUCGUGUAUCCUCGAUCAUGUGAAAAAUGGAUACUCAAAUCAAUUGGAAGAGACUGGAGGAAAUUUAAGUCUAGUUUGAAAGAUGCUUUCUUCAAACCCGCCAUUGAAAAAAUCCAAACAUCAAGCGAAAGGCUUUGUAUAAGCUCUGUCCAGAAGAUGUGGACAACGAUCAAUGGCGUGGGCUUGUUAAAUAUUGGAAGUCCGAAAAAGGAAGGGCUCUUGCUGAGAAGAACAUAA